AGUUUGGAGGCCGUACGCAAGCUGUGUACUUCGUGAAAGAUAGCUCUUCGGAGCAGCGGUGCCUUGUGGCGGAGCGCUGGCAGAAGUUUCCCCGCCGCACGUUUCCUCGGGAAUACUCGUUUGACGUCGCAAACUCAACGUUUCAACUGCACGGCACCAGCGGUACUACGAGUGAGUGCACGACAUUACAGCGUGUGUUCGGAGUGGUCAGUGACAUGAGUGCGGCGACCUCGGCACCGGCUGCCUCACUCGAAUCUACAGAGGAUGUUGCACGCAGAGAAUUAGGAGAAACGCCAGCGGUCCAAACAGACGGCUCUCCAUGAAUUGCGACAGCUCCUUAUUUCAGAUGAACCAUCACUGCACUGUCCAAUGGACGACGCCUUCCUGGAUCAAGUUCCUGCGAGCCCGCAAGUACGAUACGAAGCCGCUUUCAAGAACAUCAAGAAGUACUUCAAGGUUCGAAAGGACCACCCGGAAAUGUUUAAAGACCUAACUCCAAGUAGAGUACCUUUCGACGCCAUGUGCCGCAAAAAUCGCAUCACCACGGUCUCACGUCACAAAGAUCCGAUGGGAAGGGCGGUUGCGCUGAUGAAGGUUGGGUCCUGGAAUGCUGAGAUUUGCAGCAUGAACGAUUUCUUCAGAGUGAAUUUGGUACUCCUCGAGCACUUUCUUCAUCUGGAAGACGUUCAGGUUAGGGGCGUCGUAGGCAUAUUUGACUUUAAAGGCCUCAACAUGUACCAUCUGGCUCACUACACACCAUCUGUGAUAAGAACCCUCAUCAGUCUUGUGCAGGACUGUAUGCCCAUGCGCCUGAAAGCAAUCUACUUCAUCAACCAUCCUCCAGUAUUCCACAUUUUAUUUGCAAUUAUUAAGACCUUCCUCAAGCCGAAACUUCUAAAGCGGACUCGACUUUUCGGCUACGACCUAAAGGAACUGCACCAGCUUGUGCCGGAUGACGUCAUUCCGGAAGAAAACGGAGGGACGAACGAAAGCUACGACUACGAGCCAUUGCAGAGAGAGUUAGAGAGUGAAGAGGGUUUCUACCAAAAUCUCGGCUCGUACGGCUACCGCGAUGCGCCGACAAAGACUGAGCCUUAGUCCGACGGCUUGCUCACUGACGAGAUAUCCUUGAGCAAAGAAUAGGUGAACACAACUGAGGCAUUCUGUAAUCAACUGCGGUAAUGCUGUUUGUUGAGCUUACUGCUUUUUCACAUGCCGCCGAUGUCGCCUUCAUGCUGACGAGAUGUGCCCAACAAAGAGAAGUCCUUUCAGCUCCGGCGUAAUCGAAACUUAAUAUCGUGCUGAGACCACUGAUCAGACCGACUAGAGAGAAAGCUC